AUGGGUGAUAAUUCGCAAGAUCACCCUUACUACCCUCUUGGAGCUGGUAUUUCGGGUUAUUCACCAAAUGAGCUCUCGACUGUUGGACUGCUGAUCAAAGCCGGUGGAGGGUGUGCGGUGUUGCUUGGCUUGACGUUCACACUGGUCUCCUAUACGCGGCCGAAGCUGCGUGUCAAUGAUCGAAUUGCAGUCCUCUGGUUUGUACUAUCUGGCACGAUGCACUGCUUCUUCGAGGGCUACUUUAUGAUCAACCAUCAAAAGAUGGCCUCGGCCCAGGAUCUCUUUGGUCAGCUGUGGAAGGAGUACGCUCUUUCCGACUCGCGAUAUAUGACAUCGGACACACUGGUUCUAUUGGAUAGAGAAACGGCCAACAAUCUCUGUCUCUCAAAUGGACAACCGAAAACAGUCUGA